AUGACCGCCUACAUCCCCUCUCUCACGCUUCCGAGCUUUCUGUUUGAGAACCCGGCCGCGGCCAUUCUUCUGCCCGUGGCCUGCGGUACCGCUCUGGGUUUCUCCAUCAGCCCAUCUGUCACUCGGGCGUCUUACAAGGCAUUGAGACAGCCACCUCUACAUCCUCCGGGCUGGGUCUUUGGGCCGGUAUGGACCGCUCUCUAUGCAACAAUGGGCUACACGGCCUAUCGCGCGUGGACUACUGGCACGACCUCCAUCAACCCUCAGACGGUAGCCCUGGCUAAGCAGGGAGCAACUCUGUACUCGAUCCAACUGGCCCUCAACCUCAUCUGGACGCCGCUUUACUUCGGCAUGGGACGACCAAUUGCUGCUACUGUCGACAUCCUCGCUCUUGGAGGCACUGUCAGCUACCUUGCCUACAUCUGGGGCCAGGUCGACCCCACCUGUGGGUGGCUGCUUGCACCCUACCUGGGUUGGCUCAGCUUCGCUACCUACCUUUGCAUCGGUAGCGGUUACCUGAACGACUGGGACUUUUCCAAGGCUUUCAAGAAGGAGUGA